AUGGCUCGGCUCUCCGGUCUCCAGAGGGACGUUUUGUCUCUAUACCGAAAAUGCUUACGGGAGAUUCGAAAUAAGCCUGAGGUGGGUUAUAUCAAACCUCAUCUGACGGCAGAGUUCCAAAAGCAUCUCUCAGUGAACAAGAAGGACUUUAGCACUGUUGAAUAUCUCUUGCGCAAAGGCAAUCGACAGCUCGAGUUGUAUGCUACCCCAGGAAUCCGCAAUAUCCGAUGA